GAAAGAACUAACGCGUCCUGAAAAUGUUUAACAAAUCCUUUGGCACUCCGUUUGGAGGCAGCACCGGCUUUGGGACAACUUCAACUUUUGGACAAAAUGCUGGCUUUGGCACGACGAGCGGAGGGGCGUUCGGAACGUCGGCCUUUGGCUCCAACAACAACACCGGAGGCCUCUUCGGGAGCACGCAGACCAAGCCAGGAGGGCUCUUUGGUUCCACUACCUUUAACCAGCCGGCUACCUCCUCCACGAGCACCGGCUUUGGGUUCGGGACGUCCACCGGGACGUCCAACAGCCUGUUUGGAACGACCAGCACCGGCGGAGGGCUCUUCUCCUCGCAGAAUAAUGCGUUUGCCCAGAAUAAGCCAGCUGGCUUUGGAAACUUUGGGACUAGUACCAGCAGUGGAGGUCUCUUUGGAACCACUAACACGACCUCCAAUCCUUUUGGGAGCACAUCUGGAUCUCUUUUUGGCCCAACUAGUUUUACAGCUGCUCCAACUGGCACCACUAUUAAGUUUAAUCCCCCAACUGGGUCGGAUACUAUGGUAAAAUCUGGAGUUAGCACCAACAUCAGUACCAAGCAUCAGUGCAUUACUGCUAUGAAGGAGUAUGAGAGCAAAUCCCUUGAGGAACUUCGCUUAGAGGACUACCAGGCAAACAGGAAGGGGCCCUCGAAUCCAGUGGGAGCAGGAGCCCCCGCCGGGUUGUUCGGGUCCUCCACGGCCACGUCGAGUACAGCCACAGGACUUUUUGGCUCUUCUACCACUAACACAGGCUUUUCAUACGUGCAGAACAAAACUGCUUUUGGGACAA